AUGAACGUCGUCGUUCACGAGGUCGAUCUCAACGCGUUUCGCGAGACGAGUCCCCUGACAGUGAAACCGAAUGUAGGUCGCGCCGUAGAUCACGACGGAACCGUCGUCGGGAGCGUAGCGAUUCCGAGGAAAGCUCGCAUUGUCGUCGCCGCGAGGCUCGGGACCACCGCCAUUCUAGAUCUCGAUCUCCACAUACACCCCCGCGUGCAAGGAAACCUGCAGGAUCCGGUUCGUGAAGCCGCUUCGCGUUCGCGUAGUCUCGACGACUUGAGCGAUGUUCCGCAACAAGUUCGCAUUAAUAAUUCCGAGGGUUCUUCAACGACAGUUCAUGCGGACAGCCCAAGCGCUCGCGGAUCCGAAACCGUGUCCACUGUGACCAUGCUCGCGGAAGCCUUGAGAUCUUUGCAGCCUACUAGGUCGCACAACUAUUACGUAUCUAAUUUCGAUCCGAACAUACACGAUAUUGACGCAUGGUGCGAGGAAGUGGACCGAGCCGCGGUCGCGAACGGUUGGAGGGACCAUGAAUGUUUGUCGCGAGUAGCUUCCUGCCUUAAAGGCGAUGCUAAAGUUUGGCUCAAUGAAUGGGUCACCAAUGAUCGAACGUGGUCAAAUUUUAAGCUUGAGUUUAAACCCCUUUGUCCCCGGAAGUUAGAUUACGCAAAUAUUUUAUUCGAAGCAAUGAACACGACAUCCGAUAAAUACACGACAUAUGCAGAAUACGCUCGUCGUACCUUGUUACGCUUAAGGAUAGUUAAGGGUCUUAGCGAUGAGUUACGAACUCUAAUCGUCAUACGUGGUAUUGAUAACCCACAAAUUAGAGCGGCCGCGGCGAAUGCAAACCUAGCAACCGAAGAUAUAGUCUCGUUCCUUUCAAUUUACGUGAAACCGAACCGCGCUAAACCUGAUUCUUGUGGUACCGCGACAAAUAAACAUUCGUCUUCGAACUCAUCUUCUGAUCGCGGACCCAAGUGUUACAUAUGCAACCAGCGUGGACAUGUGGGUCGCAAUUGUAUUAAAAAGACUCGCAAAGAAUCCAGUGAUAGGUCUACCGUAAAAUCUGGGACACAAGGCUCUGUUAACGAUACCACUGCUGCUAGCAAAUCCGAAUUGCUAUGCUCGUUUUGUAAGAAAAGGGGGCACACAGAAGAAAAGUGCUUCGCCAAGAACCGCUCAGAACAAAGGAACCAGCGAAAUGUUAAUUUGUGCGCGAGUCACGCAAAUAACAAGACAGAUAUUGUAACGGCCGUUGUCCAGGGUAUCCCCAUGGACGCGCUCAUAGAUAGUGGAGCCCAAAACGUGUCGCUGAUUUCUUCAGAUGUUCUGAAGCACCUUUCUUGCCAAGUUAAACCAACACACUGCGUUCUCAAGGGUAUAAGCGAGCGGGAAAUCGUAGCUUCUUCGUUCAUUACGGCAACUAUUGAGCUUAGUGACAUUUCUAUAGAAACUGACCUAGUGGUAGUGCCAAAGUCAUGUAUGAACACUUCUCUUAUUAUUGGAACAGACGUCCUUAACCGCGACGGGGUAACGUACGUACGCACCAAAGACAGACAGUACAUCACUCGAGCUAGCGACACUCCUGCUUGUGUGAACGAAGUUCUACGUCUUGACCAAACGUUGGUCAAUACCCCUUUGCAAGGCGCUCUGCGUGAUUCUCUGAUGUCUGUGAUUAACAAAUUUUCAAACUUUCUUAUCACUGGUACCGCGACGAGUACAGUUACAACUGGUUACAUGGAGAUCAAACUAACUAAUACCACUCCCAUCGUAUACCGACCGUACAAGCUCUCUUAUAACGAGAAACUUGUAGUACGCGAAAUAAUUAGAGAUUUAUUGGAUAAAGGCAUCAUCAGGGAAUCACGAUCAGAGUACGCCAGCCCCAUAAUACUGGUGAAGAAGAAGGACGGGUCCGACCGAAUGUGUGUCGACUACAGGGCGCUCAAUCGUAUCACUGAAAAGGAGAGAUACCCUCUCCCCCUGAUAGACGACCACAUUGAUCGGUUGGGUCGCUACACCUUCUUCAGCAGCUUAGACAUGGCUACUGGUUUCCACCAGAUUCGAAUCAAAGAGAGCUCCGUUCACGUGACGGGAUUCGUCACACCAGAAGGGCACUACGAAUUCCUGAAAAUGCCGUAUGGUUUGACGAACUCCCCGAUCUCGGUGAAGAAGCACGCCUUCUUUGUUUUAUACCCAAGGGCCAUCGACUCAGUCUUUUACGAAUUUUCCACGAUGAGCAUGAGCACGUGGGUGCUGAUAAAACUCUACAUCUCAUCCUAA